UGGCCGGGCGGGUGGCUGGAGACAGCGUCGCUCCCGCCGUGUGCGGUGGGUAGGUAGGGUCGUGGCGCUCCGCUCGGCCUCGCGGUUCUCUUCGCGUCCGUGCUCGCUGUCUGAGGUUUCCUGGAUACUCAUCGAACUGGACAAGCAGUAGCCCUUGGUGAGGACCAGCGCCCCGUCCCUCUCCGGAAGCACGCACCAGGCCUCGGUGACUUCAUCAUGGAUGAAACUGUUGCUGAAUAUAUCCGAAGAACUGUACUAAAAAUCCCACGAGAUGAAAUCAAGACAAUGCUACAGAAAUGGGGCUUUCUCUCAGAGGCGCAGCUGCAAACCAUAAACUUCCAUCAGUUAAAGGAUAACAUUUCUCAAGAUGUUGUUCAGCUCUGUGAGGAGAAUUCUGCAGACAUAAAGCAAGCAGCUGUCCUAGACAUAAUUUACAACUACAUCUACCCAAACAAAAGAGUAUGGAGUGUUUACCAGAUGAACAAAACAGGGGAAGAAACAGAUUUUUUUGACUUAACAGAUUUCAAAAAAAAAAUUAAAAGACGACUUCGCUCAGCCUUGAAAAAUGUCACCAUCACCUUUAGAGAAUAUGACGAUAAUGCAGUCUGGAUUAGAAUUGCCUGGGGAACACCAUAUACAAAACCAAACCAGUACAAAACCAGCUAUGUUGUAUACCAUUCACAGACUCCCUAUGUCUUCAUUUCUGCCUCGGUGCUUAAGAGCAACUUGCCUCUGCUAUGUCAGGCUCUGGUUGUUGCUUCCAAUUACCAUGACAUCCGUGAAAUGGAGCUUCGAAGUCAUUCUUUAAACUCCCUUAAAGAUAUUGUGUUUAAGAGAUAUAGCCAGAACUUCCAAACUUAUUAUCCGAAACCUCUACGAGAAAGGGAUGUAGCACCAGAAACUGAUUUAAGGAUAAUUCAAGAAAACAAAAACGAGAAAGAAAGAAUAGAGAGAGUGAAUCGGGAAAUUUUUGGUGAUGGUCCCCAACCAAAACUCGAAUUUGCACAAUAUAAGCUUGAGACCAUGUUUAAAAGUGAUCCUAAAAUGGAUGUUUUGGAUAAAAAAGAACCGUUCAGAUGUCUGGUCAAGUUUUCUAGUCCACAUCUUUUAGAAUCGCUGAAAUCCUUGGCACCAGCAGGUAUGGCUGAUGCACCACUUUCACCGCUACUCACGUGUAUACCGCAAAAAGCUAGGAAUUAUUUUAAAAUUAGAGAGAAAAAAGGUUUAUUUCCAGGAAGCUUUGUAAGCCCUUAAUUUAAAAGUGAUUAAUAGAGAAAUAUACAACUCACUUGUUACUGGUAUUAAUCUAAAUCAUCAUAAACUUUAAGACAGAUUUUUAAAAAAUAACAUUCCUUGAUAAUCCCUUAAAGUUUUUUCUAAGUUAUGGCUUCUUUGAAUUAUUUUCCCACAUUUGUCUUUAACAGAAAUUAGCCCUUAAAUAACUUUGCAACUAAUUUUUAUUAUUAUUUUUAUACAGAGACAUGGGGUUUUUUAAAUUUAAAUGUGAUGACUGCUCUUAACUGUAUUUUUAAUAAUAUUUGUGAAGUUAAAGCUAGCUAAAGCUUAAUAAAGAUACAGUAAGAGCUGUAGCUGUUCCAUUUACUGUCAUAGCUGUAGAUGGUGGAGAUAUUCCAGGUGGCCGCCUUACUUCAGCUCCAGUUUAGCUGCAUAACGGAAUACGUGCCCCAUUUUCAACAUGUGAAUAGUCCCAUUCAAGUAGUGGAACUACCCAUCUGCAAGUCAGGCCUGCUUUUAUCCUAGUAGAUGAAGAUUACAUUCAAAAACCAUUGCAGGGCAUGGGGAAGAAGGGACUCUUGGAAGUUUCCAUCCAGCUUUAAUGGAUAUUAAUUCAGAUCCAGCGUUUUCACUCACCAAGGGCAACAGCCAGUAACAAAUACUUAAAUUAAAAACAAAAUAAAAAUCUAUCUAUUGGUAUUAAUGUCUUGUGAAGUUUCACCUUGGAGGAAUACAAUGAAACAGGCAAUUUUCUUUUGAGGAAGUCUGUGGUUUAGAAUAUUUCGAUUAAGACUUGAUCUUCCUGCAAUCCUUGCACUUUUUUUGUGCUUGGGGACAUAAAGAUUGCAGAAUCAAGGUGGCAACAUUCACUGAUGCAAACAGCAGCUUUGUAUUGGAGUUCUUUAGAGUUGGUGAAUUGUAAUUGGUAAUUAUAUAGAUAUCUUCAUGUAACUUGCUGCAUCAUUUUUAAUUUGAGAUGGAUUCAAUCUGAAGAUUCAGUUAUAGCAUACAAGUGUUUCUUUUUUGAUUUUGUUACCUGGAAACUUUGUGCGUGCACUUUGUGUAUAUGGAAUUUCCGAUUCCUUUUAGAUAUGUCAUUGUGCAAAGGCAGUCUUCAUACCUUCACAGCACAGUGUAAAUAUUUUGAGAGGUUAUAUGGGAAUGUUUUUGUUUUCAAACUGUAAAUAAAUGUGUAAAUUACGUCUUUUCAUAGAA